AUGAAACAUCUAUCUAUCUAUCUAUCUAUCUAUCUAUCUAUCUAUCUAUCUAUCUAUAUAUAUAUAUCUAUCUAUCUAUCCAUCUAUCUAUCUCAGUCUCUUCAUGAUCUAUCUAUCUAUCUAUCUAUCUAUCUAUCUAUCUAUCUAUCUAUCUAUCUAUCUAUCUAUCUAUCUAUCUAUCCCAGUCUCUUCAUUAUCUAUCUAUCUAUCUAUCUAUCUAUCUAUCUAUCUAUCUAUCUAUCUAUCUAUCUAUAUGAAUCUGUUUCUAUCUAUCUGUCUAUCUAUCUAUUCAUCUAUCUAUCUAUCUAUCUAUCUAUCUACGUCUCCCUCGUUUUCGAUCUAAUUUUAUACAGAUUCAUUUGUCUAACUCUUUACCUCCCCCCUCUCUCUCUCUCCCCAUUCUCUCCCCACUCUCUCUCCCACCUAUCUCUCUCUCUCUCUCUCUCUCUCUCCCCAUUCUCUCUCUCCCACCUAUCUCUCUCCCAACCUCUCUCCUCCUCUCUCUCUCUCUCCCCAUUCUCUCUCUCCACCCAUCUCUCCCAACCUCUCUCCCCCUCUCUCUCUCUCUCGCCAUUCUCUCUCUCCACCUAUCUCUCUCCCAACCUCUCUCCUCCCUCUCUCUCUCUCUCCCCAUUCUCUCUCUCCACCUAUCUCUCUCCCAACCUCUCUCCUCUCUCUCUCUCCCCAUUCUCUCUCUCCACCUAUCUCUCCCCAACUCUCCCCGCCUCUCUCUCUCUUCUCUCUCUCCACCUAUCUCUCCCAACCUCUCAACCCCCCCUCUCUCUCUCUCUCUCCCAUUCUCUCUCUCCACCUAUCUCUCCCAACCUCUCCUCCUCUCUCUCUCUCUCCCCAUUCUCUCUCUCCACCUAUCUCUCUCCCCCCUCUCUCCUCCCCAUUCUCUCUCUCUCUCUCCCCAUUCUCUCUCUCCACCACCUAUCUCUCUCCCAACCUCUCUCCUCUCUCUCUCUCUCUCCCAUUCCCUCUCCACCUAUCUCUCUCCCAACCUCUCCCCCCUCUCUCUCUCUCUCCCCAUUCUCUCUCCACCUAUCCUCUCCCAACCUCUCUCCCCCCUCUCUCUCUCCCCAUUCUCUCUCUCCCUAUCUCUCUCCCCAACCUCCCAACCCCUCUCUCCCUCUCCCCAUUCUCUCUCUCCCCCAACCUCUCUCCUCCCCCUCUCUCUCCCUCUCUCUCCCCCCCUCUCUCUCCCACCUAUCUCUCUCCCCAACCUCUCUCCCAACCUCUCCCUCUCUCUCUCUCUCUCUCCCCAUUCUCUCUCUCUCCACCUAUCUCUCCCCAACCUCUCUCCGCCCUCUCUCUCUCUCUCUCCCCAUUCUCUCUCUCCACCUAUCUCUCUCCCAACCUCUCUCCCCCCCUCUCUCUCUCUCUCUCUCCCCAUUCUCUCUCCCACCUAUCUCUCUCCCAACCUCUCCCCCCUUCUCUCUCUCCAUUCUCUCUCCCAACCCUCCCACCUCCCUCUCUCUCUCUCUCCCCAUUCUCUCCACCCUCUCUCUCCCAACCUCUCUCCUCCCCCUCUCUCUUCUCUCUCUCCACCCUCUCUCCCAACCUCUCUCUCUCUCUCUCUCUCCCCCAUUCUCUCUCCACCUAUCUCUCUCCCCCAACCUCUCUCCUCCCUCUCUCUCUCUCUCUCCCCAUUCUCUCUCCCCAUUCUCUCUCCCCAACCUCUCCUCCCUCUCUCUCUCUCUCCCCAUUCUCUCUCUCCACCUAUCUCUCUCCCAACCUCUCUCCUCCCUCUCUCUCUCUCUCUCUCUCUCUCUCUCUCCAGUCUUCAAUCACUCUGUCCUAUUCUGCUAA